AUGGCGGAGCGCGCCAUCGCGACGUGCGUCGAAAUCCUGUUCCUGACCGGCCUGGGCGCGCUCAUCGCGAGGAGUUUGCCCCCACCUUUGGAACUGGAUGUCAAGAAAACGAGAAAGGAGAAAAAACGAGUCGUGGAAAAAGCAAAGAGGAAGAGCAGCCGCGCUACGGAAGAAGGGAAGGGGCGGAAGGAGUAG